UCUGGCGAGCCUGAUUCCCAUAAUGAGUUUGAAGUUGUGAUUGACGAGCCACAGACAGAAAAGCCUCAGUUGCUGGUUCCACUUACCGCCAAGGAGAAGGGAAAUGACUUAGUGACUUUGCUGGAUUCCGCCGCUGUUGUGGACGAAGAGACAGCAAGUCAAAGCGGCUGGCCGACAGCGAGCAGCAAUCUCCGCCCUCCUUCCAUCGACGCCGAGGAUGAGCCGGGGGUAAUUUCUGUUGGUGAUCCAAAGCCAUCGGGUCAAGAACGAGAGGAAGAAGAAUUGCUCAUCAUUACGCAUGAGAUUGAAACCAUUCAUCACAAUGAAACUGGUGAACUUGUACGUGACUACAUACCAACCCCUCCUGCGAUUCCCGAAUUGCUGACAGAUGCUUCAAUUGUCACUCUGUCUCCUAACCUGAUAUCAGAGGAAGACCUCCAUCCUCCCGAUGAAGAAGGAGGAAGUCUUGGUUUGGAUAUUGAUCAGUUUGCCACUACAGUUUCACCCAUCACAACUACACCUCUACACACCCCAUUAGAUGCCCUAUUCACGACACCCACAGCGCCAAUUGCAACCCUUAAAGAGGAUGAAGACAUUAACUUUCUUCCAAAUGGAGAGAAGAUAGAUUUAGAAGUUCCAGAGCCAUAUAAACCUGGUGAUGUCUUAGAAAUUGAUUCAAAGGAUUUUACAGAUUUAGAAACCAAAGCGGAACUUGAACCAGAAGAGAAGGUUGAAGAUGAAAGGUUUGAAUCUUUACAGCCAAAACUUGAUCAAACUGAAGUUCUUGAGUCAGUGGAGGAAGGUGUUCAAGCUCCACAACCUGAAGUUAAGAGCAGUGAGCCGAAUGAGGGAAUAGUUGGAGUCUUAGGACCAAGUAAAGACAUAGAGGAAGUUUUACAACCAGUUAAUGUAACUGGAGUUUCAGAGUUAGACAAAGAGGAGACAUUUUCAGAAGCUGAGAAAGACAUAAAGGAAACUUCAGAAACAGACAAACAUUUAUCUGAAAUAUCUGGUAUGAAGGAGGAAGAAAGUGAAAUAACUGAACUUUUAGUACCAGAUAGAGAAAUUGUUUUAGAGUCUGAGGAAGAAUCUACUGCAGUUUUAGAAACAGACAAAGGAGUUCAGGAAAUCUUGGGACAAGAUAUUUCAGAACGAGUUGGGGAUUUUGAGGAAGAAAAAAUGGAUACAAAGACAACACCAGAUGAUACUUUACAUGAAGAUUUUGUAAAAGGUGCAGAAGAGGAAGGAACUGUUGAAUUAACAGCAGAUAAAGAAGAGACAGUUAAAGAGAGUGUUGUAGAGUUAACAAUUCCAGAUUCUGAUCCUGCUAAAGAUGUUGCGGAGAGCUCAAAACAAGAACCAGGAGAUUUCAGAGUUAAAGAUGGACACAUUCCCGAGGGUCCAGCACCUGAAACCUAUGCAGAUAAAGAUUUAGAAGUGUUGCCACCUGAAGUGCCUGAAGUCUCUCAUAAAGUGGAUCUUGAAGAAUCUGAAGAAACAGCACCUGGCAUUUCUGAGGAGAACCCACCGGAAGUUCCUGAUGAAAUGCUACCAGAGGUUUCUAAAGAUUUAUCUCCUGAGGUUUCCAAGGAAACACCUUCUAAAGUUCCUGAGGAAACAAUACUUGACAUUCCUGAACACACAGUGCCUGAAGAAACAGUACCUGAGGAUUUAGAGGAAACUGGACCGGGAUCAGCAGUGAUGGGAUCAGAACUAGGUGGGUUGACAGAUGAGGUGGAAGAACCUGUGCCAGAGAUUUAUGAAUAUGGCACCAAAGUAAUCAAGGAGGCAUCUCCACCAGCAGAAGAAGAAGAUGGUUUCACAGUUCCAGUCCCAGUGGAGAAAGUUUCUGAAACAGUAACAGAUGUAGAAUCCAAACCAGAGUCUAAGCUAGAACAGGAAAUGAAUGAAAGUGAGGUAAAACAAGAAGGAAUUCCUGGAACAGGAGAAGAAGAGGAGGAGUUUAUAUUUGUUCCAACACCAGGACCUAAGAAGGAAUUAGAAGAACCAGAGGUGCCUGGAACUCAACCUCCACAGGGGGAAACACCUGGGGAUCUCGCACCAGAGAAAGACGUAUCAAGGGUACCAGACGAAGAGCUUGUGGAACUUUUAGAGCCACCAGUUCCAGCAUCAGAGAGUCAAAAGCCAGAACCAGAAUCUGAUCCAGACAAAGACGGAGCUGAAAUCAUACCAACACUACCCGUGGAGCCUGAAGCAGAAUCCAAAGAAGAUCUGGUAGUUGAAGUCUUGGAAGGAUCUGAUGCUUCAAAAACACUCCCAGAUGAUGGCAACGCUAGGAUUGUUGGACCAGAACCUGAACAGGACAUCAUUGAGCCACCUGCAGAAUCAGUCAAAAUCCUUCACACCUCAGAUAACUUGGAGGAUCCUCUCAUGGGCAGAGAUUCUGUUCAGGUUAUCAGAGAUCCACUCACACAUCCUGCAAAGGAGGAGGAUAACAUGCCCAUCAUAGUGCAAGACCCAUUUUCUGAGAAAGAAAUGGAAUUUGAGUAUCCAAUCGUUUACACCGAGGAAGAGGAGGAUGGCGGCAGAGUCCAGGUGGAGAGUGACCGCAGUGCCUUUACAACAACUAAAACAACCAAGAGUGACCACUUUGAAGCAACUACUAGCACAGAGAGAACAGUUUCAGUUGAAAAGGACAUGGGAGGAUUAGCAAAAGAGAUAAAAACAGAUGAAGACAUCAGUCUGGCAGCUUCAAGAGCUCCAGAAACCCACCUCCCAGUGGAUGCCGGUGCAUCCAAAGGGCAGGCCUCAGGGCCAACUGUGGACCCCGGACUCUUUGAGGUAGCAGAGGCACCCACGAUCCAGACUACAGUCGAGUUAAUAGAAGGGGAUGAAACUGAGCUAAAGGUUGAGCUGGAGCAGAAUGAGCCACUUAUCACCACUGUCAGUGAAACCUUUGAAGAGGCGAGGAGAGAACAAACCGUGGUCGACGAACCCGUUUGGCCUCUUCCUGAGGACCUGGACCACAGAAGCCAGCCAGGUUUGGACGCAAGUGAGCUGUGGGACACGGGGAGUGGUUUCACACUCUCAGGGGAGGAACACAGCACAUCCCCACCUCCUGUGAGGUAUAUUACCACACCCUCAAUGACCUCCGCCAGCCACGGUCGGGAACUUGUGGUGUUCUUCAGCCUGCGUGUAACAAACCUGGACUUCUCUGAAGACCUGUUCAAUAAGACGUCGUCCGAGUAUAAAUCCCUGGAAACCACUUUCCUGGAUGUACUGCUGCCGUACCUGCAGGC